AUGGGGCGUCCGUGCGUCGGCGCUCUCCUGGCGUGCGCCGCCAUUGCAGCUUCUUGCUGCUGCUGCUUCCAGCUCCAGUUCCAGGGUGCUGAUGCGGCGGCGACCCCGUCGUUCGGGGACAACUUCGACAUCACCGGCGCCGAGGACCACGUCAAGACCUCCCCCGACGGCCAGACGUGGUACCUCUCCCUCGACAACAAGACGGGCGUUGGGUUCCAGACGAAGCAGAAGUACCUGUUCGGGUGGUUCAGCAUGAAGCUCAAGCUCGUCGGGAACGACUCCGCCGGCGUCGUCACCGCCUACUACGUUUUUCGUGGACAAGGUGCCCAUCAGGGAGUACCGCAACUCGGACAAGCCCAACAAAUUCUUCCCGAUCAUGAAGCCCAUGUACGUCUUCUCCAGGCCCCGCCGGCGUGCGCGGCCGCCACGGGGAACAGCUGGUGGGCCCAGCCGCCGGCGUGGGCGCUCGACGACGGCCAGCGCCGGGACUCGGGCUGGGUGUCCAGGAACCUCGUGAUAUACGACUACUGCGACGACCGCAAGAGGUUCCCGACCGUGCCGGAGGAGUGCGCGCUCAGGACCAAGACUAGCUAG